AGUUCAGUGACGCGCGGUGGCCGGUGUUCCGCUCCCGCCAUCGCGCGCCCCCGCCCUCCCGGCGCGCCGACCGGCCUCUCCCGCCGUCGCGGCUGACCUUGGCGCGCGCUCGCUGGAGCGCGGCUGCCACGUGACCGUCUCUCCGUGGCGGGAAACUCGCCGCGUUUGGGAGGGGUGCCGCCGGGUCGGCCGGACAGCGACCGGCCCUGGAGACGGGAGGGGAACGGGUCCUUCCUACUUUGUCCAUCUGACGGUUCACCAUGGUGUCCAGCACCUACUUCAAGGUGGCCGAGACGAGGACGGCAAUCGUCACCCUCCUGCUCUACUACGUUCUGGCGGCCGUCUGGCUGGGAGGGCCCUGGAUCCCUACCUGGCUGCCGGCUCGACUGGCAGCUCUGCUUCAGACCGCUCAUGCCAGCUACAGCAUCCACGGAAAACAGGGGCUGAUCGCCAUCCCGCUGAUCCACUGUCUGGAGUGCGUGGUGGCCCACCGGCGCUGCCGUAAGCUCGGUAUCGGCGGCGUCACCCGCGUCCUCUGGCUACUGCAGACCCUGGCGUUCGGUAUCGGCUCACUCAAGUUUCUUCUCUGGCCGGUAGAGGACUCUCCGGUGCAGCAGCAGAAGAAGAAGAAGAAGCAGUGAGAUGUGGCUGUGCGCGGAACGGUGCAGUUUGUGGCCUGAUGAGCCGUUACCAAUGCGGUAUUUCGUGUUGAAAUGAACAUUCCUUAUUGAAUAAACUAUGGGGACUUGCUUUGUUGUGUCACCGAUGCGAUGGUGGGUUGCGAACGAUAAGUAAUAAAAUGCCUCCGACUUCA